UCACUCGUACCGUUGAGAUCGGGGACGGGUUUGCUGCACGCGACGUUAAGGUUUUUGGUCGCUCUCUGACUUUAGACCUGCGGUUUUGUUUCGCUUUUUUUUUUUUGAGGGAUAGACUUCUACGAGCAUACAAGCAAGCGACGAACCUUUGAAAGGGUUGUGCUUUUUUCUACGUUUCCUGAGGUGCAAGCUGUUGUGCAAUAAUUGUUUGUGGUAUUGUGCGAAGAGAUUCAUCCGGCAAGGUGGAAUUCGCGAAGGGCCAUCAGCUGUUUUGACUGCUGGACAGGAGGGUAUAGGGAUUCUUGAACCGAGGAAGCUUUAUCGAGGGAAGCUAACUGCUCUGAGGUGACUUCGAUAUGACAGUGUCGUGAGUUUGGAUCCGAAGCCCCAGCCGUUGAAAGAAGAAAAACUGGGGGAGCAACAGCGACUGCAGAAGAAGUUGGUGAAACCGAUAUUGUGCAAUUGAUUGGUGUGGUUGGCAAAAUAAGCGAAGAAAAAAAAUGUGAAAAUUGCGAUUUGAUUGGCGAGUGAUUUUAUUUCUUAUUAUUUUUGUUCGGCUUGCUGUUAUCAGAAAGCUUUGGAUGGAAGAGAGAAGAUGAUGAAAUUAAGUUUUUAAUGACGUGUAGGCAAAACGCACAACCGAAGAUAAAAAUAGAGGAAGCGUAAAUUAUCCAAAACAUCAACGCACAAGUGCACAGCGGGAGAGAGAAGCCAAACAUUGUAUGCAGACAGCAGGUUUCCUUUGACGUGAGGUGAAGAAAACAGCAAAAACUUGCCGAGAUGGGGCCCAGUGAAUGCAAAUCGGUUGCAUACAUAUUCAUACUGUUGCUGAAUGUUGGAUUACUGUUGCAGCAAUCGUCAGCGCAGCAAAGCAACUUCUACUUUGCUCAAAAUCAGAACCGCUUUGUGCCAUCGUCAUCGUUCGAAAAUUCCCGGAAUGGGUUUUUUCCUUCAACGCUGAACCGAAAUCAACCGCCCGACUCGUACCAGGAGCAGACCCUCUUCGUCGACAGUAGCAGUACCAACAGUAGGCGUCUGGGUAGUCGAACCAUCGGCCAGCAGCAGAGCCUCGCUUCCGAACGGGGAUCGCCGCUAGACCACGUCGGUGAUGGCGUAACGCCACCGUCGUACUUCCAAUUCACCUAUACGACACCAAGAAGUCCGGAUAUUUUCGAAAUAUCUCCUCGUCCGUUCUCGGUGACACCGCACCCCAACGCGGGUUUCCAGUAUACCCGUGGAUCGCUGAGGAACGAUUACUUUACGAAUGGACUUAGUUCGAACAGGAACUUCGCUGGAAGUAGUGCCGGAAGUAGCAGCACAGCAAAUCUAGGAAACAGUGCGAGUGUAAGUGGUAUUGGUAGCAGCAGCAGCAGUGGCAAUCUUGGAGUCAGUUCCGGAAUUAGCAGCAGUGGAAGUAGCUACAGCUACCGGCAAUCGCAGCGGAAGAGUCCUUUCAGUAAUAGUGCCAUUGGGACAAGCCUGACCAGUAACGAACCGGUAUCCACUGAAGCUCCACAGCGUCCACUGGCGACGGAAACGGCAGGACGUGAUCGGCACCUAUCGUACAUCUCGAACCGACCGCGUCCAUUCGGCAAUGAAGAUUCGUCGCAACCGACACGCGGUUUCCUGGGAUCGACGGCGGCACAACAAAGGCAAACCUCUUCCUCCUCCUCCUCAUCCUCGCAGCAGCAGCGGAUUCCACCAUCGGCCGGGCGGAACAGUUUCAGAUCGAAAUCGGAAGACCUGGGUGGAAGUGGCAGCAGCAGCAGGCAUCAUCAGAACGAGACAAAUAACGGUAGCAGAAAUGGCAGCAACAGCAGCACUAGUAGCAGCCGGUACACCAAGCCCACGUUGAAGCCUAAUCGAAUCCGAUCUACGACUACGGCUGAUCCGGUCACUGCCAAAAGUACUACGGUUGAGAGCGUGGUGCUGAGGAAUCGCUUCGCUGGACGAACACCUGCACCCAACACGUACCGCCCAGCAUUUGACUCCAAAAAGGUCAUCCCUCUGAAUAGCGCCACUACCCCUCGUGGUCCCAUCAUCAAUUCGGCCAAGCCAAAAACAACUACCACCACCACAACAUCCACCACGCCGAAAUCGGCGAGCCAAUCUCGGUUCAUCCACCUGCCAGCCCGUCCGGUGAUUCCUUCGAUCAACAUCACACAUAACGGAUCGGCCAAGUCGGCGGAGGUUAUCUACGAUUACGAAGAUUACGCUGAAGAUGGUAAGGAUACGAACGAGUUUGUUGACGAACAGCAAGAUAUCAAAGAUUUUAAGCCAUCGCAAGCGCAGAAGAACAAUCCAAAGAAAGGAAAGGAUGAACAGGAGGUAGCGGUGAGCACUACGAGCAGCGCUCCUACCAGUACAACUACGAAGGCGUACGAGAACGAAGAUCGGGGUGGUAGUUUGAACAACAUCAACGAGAAUGAAUACUACGACGUGGUGAAGGAAGGCGAUAGUCAAACCAGCAAUGCCGAACAGAUUGAAGAUCAUACAGUGAUUCUGACUGAUAACUUCUACUCGUCGAAUUCUGGAUCGGAGGAGAUCCUUGAUGGGGAAUACGAAGAAGAAGAAGAAGAAGAAGUGGAAACUGAGGAACCUAAAAAGGAAGUAUCAUCAGUUUCACCGGCUAAGGAGGACAAAAAGGAAGCCGAUUCGGCUUAUGAUGAUGAGUACGUUUACGAUGCUGAAGAACCAGCAGUUAGUACGACUGUGAAACCGGAGGUCAAACCUGCCAGAGGAACGGAAGUUGAAGAUCAACCCGAUGAUAUCGACACCUUGCUUUACUCGGAAGAAGAUGCGAUAGAAGAACCGGCCGUCGCUCCUGUAUCGAUAGAAAAUGUAGCAGAAACCACGAGUGCUGUUCCAAUUGUGCCAACUUCUACGACCAGUACAACACCGACUACAUCUACGGAAUCGACAACUUCCGAACCAAGCACUACGUCGGAGCGACCGGUCAGUAGCUCAAUGGAAUCGGAAGCAUCCUCGAAUGUGACUACCGAAAGUUGGGUUGUGGUGGCUUCAGUGCAAACUAGUAGAAGUGUAUCAGGUGCUCGAUUCUUACCCUUCCCUCAGGUUGAACAGGAUGAAAAGAAGCAAAGUUUGUCGGAGCUUGAUGCCAAGAACAGCAACGAGAAUGAUGACUUAGAUUUGACCACUGUCAGCAGUCAAGAAGUAGAAAAGACUACUGUUGCUCCACAAGAACCAGUCAUUUCAGUAACGGACGACUCGGAAACUCCGACAACUGAGAAAACACUGAAUGCUCAGUCUACCGAAAGUAUCAUCGACAAACUGGAUAGAGUUCAGUCUGAACUAUCGAGUGGUGUACUCACCGGAAAGUUCCCAGUAUUGAAGGAAAUGGUUACCGAAGACAGCAAAGUUCCGAACUCGUCACUACCUCCGGUUGUUAUUCGAAAGUUCCAACCAAAUGGUAGAGCUUCCACCACCAAGAAACCACGACCAGUGUUCACAACAUCCCAGAGACCAACGCCAAGUACUGAUAACAUAGUGAAGAAAAUCAAUUUUGAAGCCAUCGCGGUAGAUGAUAUUGCUGCUCUGCUUCCACCGGACUACAAACAAAAGAAUGCUUUUAAGUUGAAGAAGUUUGGAGCGAGCAGUACAACUUCUGAGCCAUUAGCUGCUGCCAAGGACGUUUUGAAUGAAGAACCAUUGAAGCCAGAGAUCGGAAACCGAUUCCGUCCAGCGAACAUAAGUCGAUCGUACAAGAGUAACGUUCCUGUGCAAGAGUUGAGCUCACUUCUGCCGAAGGACUACCGGUUGAAUCGUACGGAAGAGGAAGUCAAGACAACGAACAACUUGAAGGAACUGAUCAGCAAGGUCAAGGUUAAUGAGAAAGCAAACGGUACUUUGGAUGUACUCAAAAAGGCGCAGAAAGUUGAUAUUAGCUCUUUCUUACCACCUGGUUACAAGCCACCCGCAGAAUCUGGUCCAAGCACGAAGGCUCCAAAGUCGUCUGUUAUCGAAGACGACGUGAGCAAACUGCUCCCUCCGGGCUACAAGAGCUACAAGACAACAAAGAAACCAACUACCACUGCUUCGUCCGUUAUCGAUGGCGAAGAUGCCAAGUUCCUUCCUCCUGGUUACAAGCCACCCAAAGAUGAACCCAAAGUAGUGUUCAACGAUGAUAUCAGUCAGUUACUUCCACCGGGUUACAAGCAUCCAAAGCAGGAAACAUCCACCAAAGCUUCCAUUGUUUUCAGCGAAGAUAUCAAUAAGUUCCUUCCACCGGGUUACAAGCCCUCUGCCGAAGAGAAAAUACCUGUACCAGAGGUCAUCGAUCCCAUAAGCCUACUGAGCAAGAUCCAGUUCAAGGAUGUCUCGUCAUUGCUUCCUACCGGAUUUAACAAAACGAAUCUUGAAUCACCUGGCCCCACCAGUAAUACUGGAAACUCUGGAAACAGCUUUAAGGUUGUAUUCCCAAGUCGACCGGGCGUCAAAAAACCAGGCGUGGGCCGUAUUACCACUCUGAAACCACUCCUAGCCGAGGGACCAGGGACUCCCGAUAUAAUUAUCCGAAAGGGACCGCCUACCCGAGCCACAACCGAAUUCACCGGCUGGCCAACACCCUCAACGACCCCACUUUCGAUCGAAAAACUUCUCGAACAACAGAAACAGCAAGAACUGUUAGAGAAGAUUCUAGCUUCCUCUACUACGACAACGACAACUACUACGACCACAACCACUACAACCACAACGCAUAGACCAACGGAACCAGGUUUGUGCCAUUCGGAGUGUGACCUGGCCGGUACGAUUCGCAUUGUUGACGGCGUCAACUGGGUACCGGAGCUGCUCGAUCACAAUACUGCUGAAUGGAAACAUCUGGCAAAGGAAGUUGAGGCUCAACUGAACGAAGUCUACAGCACUGCUCAGAAUCUUAGCAAGUGGUACAAGAAGGUGCGCAUCGACAGCUUUAACAAGGGUAGCGUACUGGUGGAUUACUUUGUUGAGUUAACUGAUCUAACUGAGGACGUCAACACGCUGGAGAUUAGGAGACUUUUCCACGAUGCGUUGAUGCCCGCACCGUUGCCAACUACCACUGCUGAGCCUAGCACGGAUUUGGACGAAGAAGAUGAUGGAGAUUCGCAGGUGCAGAAGAAACGGACGAAGGAAAACUUACAAUCGGCGGUUCCCCGCGUGAAGGAGGUCUUCUUGUUGGGUAGAUUCAAGGUCGAUCCGGUUUCUACUGAUUUCACCGUUAUCCCGAAACAGAUUCUUCCACCGGUAGAUUCGGAGGAGGAAGAUCUUCUGCUACCCCAGUGGGCAAUAGCCGGUAUUGUCAUUGGAAUGGCAUCGCUUCUAUUCGUGAUCCUUUUCGGCGUCACUGUGUUAAUAAAUCGUCAAAAGGCAGCCAAGAAGAAGGCUCCAACGCCACUGACAGCUGACAUGCUAAACGAGCUGAAUAAGAACCACAUGGGAGGCAUAGACAACUUUGGCUCGGAAGAUCUGUACAAUCUGGAUGAUGCGUGGGAUGACCAUGGGCACGAUGUGAAACCAAAGCAGCGCUUCUCCAACUCCAUGCACGGCAGCAGUGCCUCGAAUAUCUACGAUAGCUGGCGCUCGCAACGUCAGCCCAAUAACGAUAACUACUACUACGACGACUACAACCUAAAGGGUUCGCACUACCCGCCGUCCGGUCACCAUCAUCACCACCGGUUACCCGAUGCGGCUUUCAUGAUGCACGAGCCACCACCACCGGUGAUGGCCAUGUAUCCACCGUACCAUCAUGCCCCGCCACCACCCAGCAGUCACUACAAUACGAACUCGCGACGAUACUAUCGAGAUUAUGAUCCUAACUUCUAGGAUGCUAGCCCAUUUCAUCCUUUCCUCCAUCAUCAUCAUCAUCAUCCCAGUCAUCAUCAUCCCACAAAACAAGUCGUCGUCGUUUAGUUAUAUUUUUUUUUUCUCCUAAAAAUCAGAUCAUCCAUCUGAACCCAUUUGCUGAGUUGUACCUUUGCUCAGAUGCUAGUGCUGUAGCUGCAUACUCCCUUAUCCUUCAAUUCCUUUUUUCUACUCAGUUUACGUCGAAUAAGGCCCUUAUCGUAUAGUAGGAUAUUUUCUAAUGUAAAUAAAUUAUUUAUUUUGUAAAAAAUGAAGCAAAAUUACGAAUGAGAUAAAAAAAAAUCAUAAAAUAAUUAAUGCAA